GGUCCUCGAAUGAUGUUGGGAAGUACAAUCAUAAACCAUCGGCAGCAUAUUGGACUGCAGAAACUGUUGGCGCUGGCAGGAAUCUCACAUUCCUCUUUGGGCCCUUGUAUAAAGUACAAGUUUAUCCAAGAUGACAAGAGUGGGGAGUCUGCUCUUGUGUGCUCGUGUUUUCGCAUUAUUGAGACCAUGGAGCUGACCUGUGCAGUGGGUCAGCUUGUUUAUGAGACUAUUCAAGCCCACCAGAAGGUCUACCAUACAGGGUCGGGAUGCCUGCUGUUCCUAGCGGGGGCCUGGAGCCGUGUUGCCCUGGACUGUCUUCAGAGAGGAAUUUCAGUAGGGAACAUAAUCUCAGCAAUGUCUGAAGGGAUGGAUGUAUGUCUGGAUGCUUGCAGGAAAUGUGCCGUUUCAAUUGAUGGUCUGGGCGUGACAUCGUUAGAGAGUUGUGCUGUGAAAGUGUCCAAGAAACCCAUCAAAUAUUCAUCGCCUGCAUUGUGCAGCAUGCAGGGAACAAUAAAGUUUGACGUCAAGACUCUGACCGUCGGUGAACAGAGAAAAAUAAAACUCAGCAGACAUUUUUGUGAGAUGAAGUCUGAAGAUGUCUCCAAAGUAUUGCUACAGUCUCCUCAGCCUAAGCUUCCUGACAUUGUACACAUUGCUGAGGGACUGAGUCAUGGUUGUGAUGAUGCAAUGAAACUUGUAGUCGAAGUUAUUCGGAUGCAGUCAAAAACUAGUCAAGAAGAUGUGAGCUAUCUCAUGUUUGACAUUACUAAAGUGGUGACUUGUAUGCUCCCUGGUUUACCAGAGGAUCAGGGGUGCGUUGUAUUUGGCUGUGUUGUUCUUUUAUCUGCUGAACAGGCUACAGUCGCUCAUCACUUAAAAGAACAACAACUGAAGGUUGUUCUCAUAAAUGGAGAUUUAUCACAUACUUACCGCCAUCUUGGCUUUAACAGGCCGACAGGUAUGCACCGUGUGAGGGAUCAUAUAGAUUUUUCGAGUUCAAGCAAAGAGGACGAAUGGGUGGAACGGACUGUGACACAUCUGUUGAACCUGGAAGUGAACCUGAUACUAAUCCAUGGGCACGCUUGUGAAAAAGUGAUUCAGCACUGUUUUAGGCAUCGUAUACUUGUAGUGGAAAAUGUGAAGGCUUCUGUUUUGAAGACAUUUGCCAGCUUGUCUGGAGUUGUUCCGGUAACCUUUGCUGCGCAACUGAGCAAGCAAAAUGUUGGCACUGGGGCGAAGGUUGCAAUAUGGAAAGACCUCAGUAGCCACGAGAAGUACUCCCUGGCUGUGAAUAUCUCAACUGGCAGCAACAGCGGGCUAGUUACAGUAAUCCUUACAAGCUCUAUACAUGGAAAGCUUCAGGCCCUGGAGGACCAGUUUUGGGCCUGUGCUUAUCGCUUACACUAUGCACUAAAAGACAGAGCUCUUCUACCAGGGGCGUGUGGGACAGAAAUGCUUUGCAUUCAUCACCUACAAAAGCGAGUGGAGUAUCAUGUCAUGUGUCACAGAGAAAAGAACGGUGAGAGAGGAACCAACCACUACAGGCGUGUAGUGUUGGACCUCAUGGCAGAUGGUUUAAUAGAUUACAUAUCCACUGUAAUGGUUAACACUGGAAGAAUUUCAAAAGUCAAAGCUAGAACUGAGGUGUGCCAACAACUGCAGGACUAUCUAGGCAAUGCUGCAAAGUCCCCACAACUUUUCUUAAACAGUGAAAAUCAGGAUAAUGAAGUCUUCACAGCACCAAAACCCAAUGAAGCACGAGCAGUGGAAAUCUAUGAUAAUCUGAGCGUGAAACAGGAAGCAUGGAGGAAAGCCUUAGAUCUUGUUUUCUUGGUUUUACAGACGGAUGCAGAGAUUAUCACAGGCGUAGACCAAAAAACUGAGAUUGCCGAGAACAGUCUCUUGCUGUUGUGAUGUUCAUGUAGAAUAUUCAGGCAAAAGAUUUCACUCUACAAGACAAACUGUUUUUUUCUUCCUAAACAAAGUGAUUUGUAAAAUAUGCUGUAAAUAAUACAGUGAAGGGCUUUUGAAAAAUGUUAUUACCUAUUUUCUGCCACAAGGGGGAGACAUCCUCUUUCUGAAUGUCUUCAGAAUUCUUUCUAAAACUUAUAUUAAAAAAAUAAUAAAUAAUAAAGUUAUGUUGAA